AUGGGCUCCCUUCUGAGAGGCGCCCGCCAGCUGGGCCGCGUGCUGCUCGUGGCGUCGGUGCUCUCGACGGCCGUCUCGGCCAUCGAAAUUGACCUCUGCGCGAGCUUCAACACCGCCGACAUGUCCAGAAACAUCAGCAUCUACCAAACCAACGGCCUGUGCCACGACUUCUGCCUGCAGAAGAACCAGGCCUACGCCAUCACGCAGGCCAAUGGCUGCUGGUGCUCUGACUACACGCCCGCAAAGUCUGUUCAGGUCGGCAAGAGCAAGUGUGACACGCACUGCCCUGCUUUCCCAGCAGAAUUCUGUGGCGGCGAUGGCGUCUUUGGCUACAUUGCCCUCAACAAUGUUCUUCCCUCGGGCACGCGGGGCGGCUCCGACCCAACCUCGACCUCGUCUACAUCCAAGACCUCCGACAGCUCGUCGGAUACACCCACCCCAACGACCUCGAUGGUUCAAACUGUCACCGCCGGCGGUACAAUCAAGACGGUCACCAUUGUCCCCACAGCGACGGGCGGCACCGGUGGCGACGCCUCUAAUGAACGCACCGGCUCCACUGUCCAGAGGAGCGGGCUGAGCACGGGCGCCGUGGUCGGCAUCGUGGUCGGCGUCAUCCUCGCCGUCAUUGCCGUGGUCGGCAUCGCGCUGUUCUUCUGGCUGCGGCGCAGGAGGCAGAACCGCGACGACUAUCAGGAUGACCCCAGCGUCCGGGGCAGCUCGUCGGGCAUGACGGACGGCCGCCCGGAGAUGUCCGGGGCUCCUGGUUCUCCGGGCUCGGCCGGCAACCGUAGCAGCAUGUUGCAAGUUGACCCGCGCAUGGACCCGUUCAAGCAGGGAUUGUACGCCCGCAACGGCAGUCAUGAGAGCGUCAACACGCUGCGCGACGACCACGACUACUCGCGCCGGAUUCAGCAACCCAAGGUGCUCCGCGCGAUGAACCCCGAUCCCGAAUAA